CCUCAUUCGCUGCAGCUCACACACAACCUCUUCAAUACUCUCACUGCAAUUUCUGGAGCUCACACUGCAUGCGCCGGCCAAUAAUGGCGACGACGACGGCGAGGUUGCUCCUCCUGCUCACGGUGGCGGGCUUCUGCCUCUGCCACACCACCUGCCAGGAGGCGGCGCCGCCGCCGCCGCCGUACUGCGGCAGCCUGAGGACGGCCGUGGAGGCGCGGAACAUCAUCGGGUGGAAGACGGUGCCGCCGCCGUGCGCCAAGUACGUCGCCGACUACAUCACCGGCGAGCGGUACGGCCGCGACGCCGACGUGGUGAUCAACGAGGCCAUCGCCUACGCCGAGAGCCUCAAGCUCUCCGGCACCGGCAAGGAGAUCUGGGUGUUCGACGUCGACGACACCGCCCUCUCCACCGUGCCCUACCAAGCCAACCAUGGCUACGGAGUUCAACCGUUCGACAACCAGAGCUUCCUCAAGUACGUGGUGCAGGGAAGCGCGCCAGCACUGCAGAGUACACUGCGGCUUUACCGACGGUUACUCCAGCUUGGUAUAAAGCCGGUGUUCCUGACAGACCGCACCGAGGACCAGAGGACGGUCACAACCAACAACCUUAUUAAGCAGGGCUACUGCAAUUGGGAGAAGCUUGUGCUGCAGCCGGUUAGGCUUCAGACCUCGACGUUGGCGUUCAAGACCUGCGAACGACAGAAGCUGGUGAAUGAUGGCUACAUCAUCGUCGGCAACAUUGGCGACCAGUGGAACGACAUCCGCCGCUCGCCGGAUGGUUGCCGCACCUUUAAGUUCCCCAACCCCAUGUACUAUGUCGACUAGCUAGCUAGCUAUCCAUGGAUAUAUACCUUGUUUGUGUCUGUUUCAUCUACUCGUUUUUUGUCAUGAAUUUGCAUCUAGUAAUUAAUCUUUGACGCGUGCAUAUGUUUGAUAUGUUUGUUAAUUUUUCGUGAGAUGAAAAUUGAAUUUGUAAUAACGCUUGUUUGGCAGUUGGCCAUUGAUUGGUCAAUGUACUGUGUUGAGCAAGCUUGUUGUAUUUUUACAGAAUUAAUAAUGGAACUGAUGGGCCAAUA